GCGGAAAGCCCUCCAGUACCAGGAGGGCACCAAGAAGGAGGACCGGUACCUGUGCGGCCCGCGGCUGGAGGCGAAGCUCACGGGCCGGGCCGAGAUCGCGGUCGAGCGCUGCAAGGCUGGGUGGCUCUCCAGACCAGAUGGCGUGGAGAGGCUCCUGGCGUGGCUGGAGCGCAGAUGCUCUCGACAAGCCGUGCCAGACGUAGGCCAGGAGCUCGAGACGUUCUUGAUCAAGACGAAGCGCCGCAAGCUCGAGCCAAUGCAGCAGUGGACGGACCGCUUCGAGACAGGUUACCAGUACCUCAGACGCGCGCUGGCACGCGCGCUGGGACACACGGUCCCGGUCCAGGUCGCUCCAGCGUGGAAGCGGGCAGGGCGACCAUACCGCUGGGUUGAGGUCGAACGUGGCUGGCCAUUCGAGGGUAGCGAAUGGACAUGGGAGUACACGGACGGCCUGCCAGACGAUGAGAAAGAGGACUCACACCUCUGGAGCGCUGCUGACCAGGAUGAGGACGCCGAGGAGGAGCUCGGGGACAUGCCAGAAGUGUUCCCGAGCCUGGUCCUGGGCUGGUUGAUGCUCGUGCGGUCAGGCCUUGACUCGCGCGAGCGGGCGGCCAUCAUGACGGCAACCGGCGGCUCGCUGGAGGUCAACACCAGCCGGGAGAAGCUGAUCUCGAGCUGGGAGGACGAUGACCUGGCGGAGCGUGAUGGGCACUCACGGUUCCCGAAGGCGUACACGGCCCAGCUCGGAGAAGAUGAUCGCACAUGGCUUGACGGAGAUGAGGCACCAGAUGCGAGCAGCUUCGUGGCCGACAUGGAGAACAGCGAGUGGCAGGAGGAAGAACCAGGCCCAGAGGAGGCGAACGAUGAUGACAUUGAGAGCUACUUGGCGGCUCAGCAGGAGGAGGCGGAGGCGCUUGCGGCGAUCCACACCGCCCAGCGUACCCUCCGCCAGGCUCGAGAAGCUCAGGCAGACAGCAGGCUGAGCAGGGGCUUCUACCGGGGAGGGACGCCAGACGCGAGCGCGAAGGUGGCAGAGUGCAGGAAGGAGCUGAAGUUCAACCUCGUGGCCUCGCUGGUCGCCGAGCAGGAGCCCCGGGAGUCGGAGUGCGAGGCGAUGUUUGCGGACCAGGCCAUCCUCGAGGGCAAGGGCAUCGUCGACUUAGGGUGCACGGACGCCAUGGGUGGUGAGCGCGCCCUGGACAUCGUGGCCCGCAAGAACUUGGAGAAGUAUGGCGACACCAGGCUGCUGGACGUGAACCUGGACUACAGGCCAGUCUACAGCUUCGGGAAUGGCGAGAAGGAGCGCGCCUACGGACAGGUGAAGUUCGGCAUCACGGGCGCGGGCGUGGAAGGCGACAUCGCCAUCAACGGUUUCUCGAAGGACGUCCCGAUCCUGGUGUCCAAGAAGGUGCUGAAGAAGCUCGGGGCCGUCGUGGACUGCGAGACUGGGGUGGCCGUGUUCGUGAAACUCGCACCGGACAUCCCCGUGCAGCUGGAGGAGUCACCUGACGGAGGCCACUACUACCUGAGCUUGGUCGACGACUUGCUGGAGCAGCGCGUCAAGGACCAGAGCCAGCUGCGGAACUUCAAGACCAUCUGUGAGAGCAUGCGUGAGUGGGACCGCCAGCCCGUGGCCGCAGUGUGCCAGGGGCCGGACAGCAGCUCGGAUGACCGGGCUCAGCAGUUGGAGCGCUACAUGUAUCCAUCUCAAUCCGAUCACAGCAUUGUCACCGAUGCGUCUCCAGUUGCUUCAGCCGGGGCGUGCCGAGGAUCGCAUGCUCGUGCGGUGCGACCACUUCAGAUGCCAACGUCUCGCAGUGCAGUACAGGGCCUCUACAAAGCGGAGGUGCUUCACUUACUUCAGGAGCUUGGCCUACCAUGCAGUCCGGCCUGGGGCGUGGACGAGCUGAAGCAGGUUCUCAAGGAGCACAUGUUUCCGAAGGACGAGACGCCAGUGCAGAUGGCCAUGAAGGGUCUCAGCUCGAUGAAGAAGUCCCAGCUCUUGGCGAAGGCAGAGGAGGUAGGCGCCCACGUGACACAGGGCAUGACGAAUCCGUCACUCAAGCUCUCGAUCCGCAAGGCCAUUCUCAUGAAGCAUACCCCGGAGCCGACCGACUACAUGGGCUUCGGGAAGCACGGAGCCAUGACCUACCAGCAGGUUCGGAGCCAGUACCCCUCCUACGCAGCCUGGUGCCAGAAGGAGGCGAACCAGGAGAGCAGCUGGGAGCUGGCCCGGUUUGCCUCAUGGCUCAACGAGCAGGAGAUCAUCGACAAGAAGGCCGGGGUGACCAGGGAUCCGAAGGAGGUCCCGAGAGAGCCAGACAAGGCUCGAGGGGGCGCGAGGUCAUCCCGCAGGAGAACGGUCGACGCGAUCAUGGAGGACGAGAUCGAGGAGCAGGAGAAGCUCGAGGCUGCGAUCAAGAUGCAGAAGGAGGAGAAGGAGUCCAACCGCUUGGUCCAGGAGCAGAUGCUGACGGCGCUGAACCAGCUCAACCAGAGGCUUGGCCAGCUGGAGGGCCAGGAGCUGGACCCCAGGAAGCAGCGCUGGCUUGCCAAGUGCAUCCAGGAGAGCGGCCACGUUGAGGACUACGAGGCGCUGAUGGCCCACGGCAGUACCAAGUUGAUGGAGAUCACGUGCAGCCCGACAUCCAUCCUGAGCACUAAGAUGGCGGAGAAGUUCGGCGAGGACGCUGUAUGCCGCAUCAGUGCGUGGAACGGUUUCAAGCUGGGGACUCCUGGCGGCAACCAGAGGGCUCGGGAGGCACGUGAUGAGGCUGAACCAGACCACCUGUGGAUCAGUACGAGGUGCGGCCCCCUGUCUACCCUCACCCUCGGCUUCAACGGCUCCAACCCCAUCAGGGCCGAGGCCACCAGGAAGCGCAGGUUGCAGGCCAUCAAGGAGUACAAGGGCGCGGUGCAGUUGGUGUAUGACCAGGUGGCUCAAGGCAAGCAUGUACACUGGGAGUGGCCCAUCAAGUGCGAAGGCUGGGGCCACACGAUGAUCAGGAAGAUGGUGGAGGACUGCUCCAUGACGGUGGUGAAGGUGGCAGGCUGCCAGCUCGGCGUGAAGGACGGGAAGGGCCUGCCGCUGUUAAAGGAGUGGCUUAUCGCUACGACGUCUCCAAAGAUGGCAGCCCGGAUGUCCCUGGAAUGCCCAGGAGAUCACCGACAUGGGGAACUCACGGGAGGCAGUCUGACUGCGGCCACCAGCUAUUACCCGGACGAGUUUGCCAGACGAGCUGUGCGGGCGAUGACCGAGGAGGCCGCGCCCGACUACCACGAGUUCAUGAGGUGCGUGGUGGAGCCCGGGGAGGCGGCCGACCAGGCGAUGGCAGCCAACCAAGAGGAGGCAAAGAUGAACCCGGACUUGAGCUCGAAGGAGUACCAGCAGAUCAUGAGGUGGCUCACCUCAAUACACCGUGGCUCAGGUCACAGCUCGAAGGCCUCCAUGCUGAACGCACUUCGGAGGAAGGGCGCCAGCCCACAGGUGCUACAGGUGGCUGAGGACUUCCACUGCGACGCUUGCGAAGAGGCGCACAAGUUCAAGCCCACACAUCCGCCGGUCAGCAUGGAAGCCAUCCCGCCGAAGUGGAAGCACAUCCAGGCGGACCAGUUCGAAUGGGAGCACCCGCAGACGAAGGUUAAGUCCAAGAUAUCCCUGAUCAUAGACGAGAACUGCCGGGUGCGCGUCAGCAAGCUACUGUACCACAUGGUUGGCGAGGACCGGCACAGGAAUCCCGUGUGGGCCGACCUCAAGCAGUUCUACGAGGAGCGCUGGAUGCCCUACUUCGGCAAACCACAGAGGGUGAAAGUGGACCCCGAGGGCUCCUGGAUGUCCAAGCAGGCGGCUGAGUACUUUGACUCCGACUCCAUCGCGUACGAACCCAUACCUGGCCAGGCCCACUGGCACAUCUCCCUCGCCGAGGAGGCCAUCCAGGCCACCAAGGGGACCAUGGACAAGUUGGUGACGGAGAACCCCGAGAUGACGACGGAGGAAGCCCUGGCCAGAGCGACCGCAGCUGGGAACUCACGAGAAGAUGUCCGAGGACACUCCCCCCUUCAACAUGCCCUCGGGCGAGCACCAGACCUGGACGGACACUUCUUUGAGAGCGACUUCGACGAACUGCCCUACGUGGAGGCCCAGAGGGUCGACAAGGAGUUCGGGGAGAACUACACCAGGAUGUAUGCUGCCGAGCAGGAGUACCUGAGGCAAGUCUACAUGCGACGCAUCAGCAGGGCAGAGAACGCGAAGAAUCAGGCGGUGAAGUCCGUGGUGCCAGGCAUGUGGGUGCGCUACUUCCGGAAGGAGAAAGGUGAAGCCAAGGGCCGAUUCAAAGGGCUCGCGAGGGUCCUGGCCACAGAGACGGCGCGGCCGGUGGACGGGGACCUUGGCGAAGGACGGGCCCUACACCCUGGGCGUGCAGGAUCUGUGGUGUGGCUUGUACGAGCCGGGCGUAUCAUCAAGGUGGACCUCUGCCAGAUCCGGGCAGCCUCCUCACGGGAGAUCGCCUACGCAGAGCUGAUGGGAGGCAAAGACACGCCCUGGACAGUCCACACCUUCAUGAACCAGGCGAUGAAGCACGAAUACCUGGACUUCACGGGCCACGACCCCACCGAGGACGACAUGGAGGAGCAGAUGAAGGAGAACAUGGCCCUCAUGGCGAAGUCCACUCCAGACGCCCGGGCCUUUUGGGCUCGUCAGGGCACGUCUCUGGAGGUCUCCGUUGAGGUUCCCCUGGAGGGGAAGCCGCUCAAGCAGGCCACGCGGCACAUGAGUACCUACAUGGCGAGCCAGCUGCGAAAGGGCAAGCGCGAGAUCUCGGAAAGAACGUUGACCCCGGACGAGGUGGCGAAGUUCGGCCAGGCAAAGGCCACGGAGGUGAACAACUACAUUGUGUCUUCGGUGCUGGAGACGCUCCCAUCAGGCGUGACUCCGCCCCCCGAGGACAUCAUGCGCAUGAGGUGGAUCCUCGAGUGGAAGGUGGACGAGAACACGGGCACGAAGAAGCCGAAGGCAAGGAUUGUGGUCCUGGGUUAUAUGGACCCCGAGUACGAGCACCGUCCGACCACCGCCCCAACCAUGACGAGAACUUCGAGGCACCUGGUGCUGCAGACGAUGGCGUGGUUGGGCUUCAAAGGCUACAAAGCGGACGUGACAGGGGCUUUCACGCAGAACAGAGAGAUCCAGCAUGACCUGUUCGUGAUGCCUGUGAAGGAGCUCGCGGCAGCGCUGGGGAUGCCCGAGGGCGUUGCGAUGCGGCUCAGGAAGGCGGUCUACGGGCUCGUGGAAGCAGCGAUCGAGUGGUUCAUGACCGUGAGCGAGGCACUGGAGGAGUUCGGCUGGACCCAGAUGAAGAUGGACCCCUGCGUGUGGGUGCUCUACGGUGACGGCCACGGCAGGGAUAACGGCUUCACCAAGGAGGCGCUGAAGGAUUUCACAAACCCAGAGGUGCUCGGGGACCUGAUCGCGGCGAAGGGGGACAUGGAGAUCAUAGCCAUUGCGGGGUCGCACGUGGACGACUUCCUGCUUGGUGGCAACGACACGGACCCCCGGUGGAUCACCGCCCGGGAACAGAUAGAGAAGCGCUUCAAGUGGAAAGCCUGGGAGUCGGGGGAGUUUAUGCAGACGGGGGUGCGGAUCAAGCAGCAGCCCGACAGGAGCUUCCGCAUGGAUCAGAGCGAGUAUGUGAAGACCAUCGAGAAGGCGUACCUCACCCCGGAGCGCAAGAAGGAAAAGGACCUGCCGACCACCGACAAGGAGAAGGGCCAGCUGAGGGCUAUCUUAGGGGCCAUCGGGUGGAGAUCCGAGCAGUCAGGCCCUAUGCACUCGGCCGACACGAGCCUUCUGCUCAGCACCAUACCAUCGUCCACCGUGCAGACCAUCAACGAGACCAACCGCCUGGUCGAUCGUGUUCGUGAGUGUGCGGAUCUACCCGUAGUAAUACACAGCCACUCUCAGGCACAGGUUCUGGUGCCAGUGGAGUGGUCCGACUCCUCCGAGGCCAACCGUCCCGACGGAAAGUCCACCAAGGGCCUGGUGGCGGGGCUGGCCCCUUUGAGGAUCCUCCGGGGAGACGAGGCGGACGUGAGCCUCAUAUCCUGGAAGUCCGGGAAGAUCGAUCGUGGUUGCCGCAGUUCCGUGGCAUGUGAGACACGCUCCGCCGUUGAUGCUGAGGACGAGCUGUUUGGCAUCAAGUUGCAAUGGCUAGAGAUCCUAGGCAACAACAUCGACUGGAGGAAGCCCGAGGGGAUUCUACGCAGACUGCCAGGAGCAGUGGUUGUAGAUUCAAAGGGCCUGUACGACAAGCUGCAGACGACGGUCUACACCUUCCGGGGCAAGGAGAAGCGGACCGACGUGGAGGCCAUGACCCUGAAGGAGGGGACGCAGGCGGCGAACAACUGGAUGCUCUGGGUACAUGGGGACGCCCAACUCGCCAACUCGCUGACGAAGGGGCACGAGCCAGGGCAGUUACGGAUGUAUUUCAACAACGGGCACCGCUGGAAGCUGGUCUACGACGAGAAGUACCAGAGUGCACGGAGGAGGAAGGCCGCUGGAAUCCAGCCGUUCGAGCACGUGGGAGCGGGCAUCCUCAAAACGCCAGGCGGGACAAUGGCCCACGUCAAUGCAGCUGCGUGCCCAGACUUCCCGCCAUAUGAGGCCAUGACCGAGUACAGUUCAGACGAGGAGGCGGACUCAAGGAUGCUCAGCUUGGAG